GAAGAAAUUGAUUGGCUAGGAGGUGACCAAUAGAAAGCUGUGGUCGACAGCCGUGUAAGCAACGUUGCAGAAUGUUUGGAAAACUUCUUAUCUCGCUAUUUGUCGUUAUUAUUUUCUACCAUGACCCUGCUGACGCACAGAAGAAAAAAGAGACUCUGCUGUCAGAGAAGUUGACUCAGAUGAUGGAGUGGGCCUCCAAGCGUUCAGUUAUCAGGAUGAAUGGAGAUAAGUUUCGUCGCUUUGUCAAGGCUCCUCCCAGAAACUACUCGGUGGUCAUCAUGUUUACGGCACUGCAGCCACAGAGACAGUGUGGGGUCUGCAGACAAGCUGAUGAGGAGUUCCAGGUGCUGGCUAACUCUUGGCGUUAUUCCUCUGCCUUUACUAACAAAGUCUUCUUUGCAUCUGUCGAUUUUGAUGAAGGAUCAGAUGUCUUUCAGAUGCUUAGUAUGAAUUCUGCUCCGACAUUUCUCCACUUCCCAUCCAAAGGGAAACCUCGCAGGUCUGAUACCUAUGAGCUGCAGGUUAGAGGCUUUGCAGCUGAGCAGCUGGCUAGAUGGGUGGCAGAUAGAACUGAUGUACAGAUCCGUGUCAUUCGUCCUCCAAACUAUGCAGGGCCACUCCUGCUGGGCUUCCUCCUGGCUGUAAUUGGAGGACUGGCAUAUCUGCGAAGACACAAUUUGGAGUUUCUCUUUAACAAGAAUGUCUGGGCCUUCUCUGCACUGUGCUUUGUCCUGAUCAUGACUUCAGGCCAGAUGUGGAACCACAUUAGAGGACCACCUUAUGCACACAAGAACCCCAGCACUGGACAAGUUAGUUACAUCCAUGGCAGCAGUCAGGCCCAGUUUGUGGCUGAGACACACAUCGUCCUACUCUUCAAUGCUGCUAUUACCAUGGGAAUGGUGCUGCUGUGUGAGGCCGCUACCUCUGACAUGGACAUUGGAAAGAGGAAAAUUAUGUGUGUAGCAGGUAUUGGUCUGGUGAUGCUGUUCUUUAGCUGGCUGCUGUCCAUUUUCAGAGCAAAGUACCAUGGAUACCCAUACAGCUUCCUGAUGGGUUAGAGCUGACCCCUCCAACUUCACAUCAAGUAUGAACAGGAAGUUCCCCAAAGUGCUGUCAACAAGCAGGGUGCUGUCCAUGACAAUGCCACAUUUCUGUUUGCUAAGCCAUAGCUUGUCUUCUAAUCUGUUGAGCCAAAAGUUUGUGUCAACACACAUACAUACACACACACUGUGCCUUUUAUAAAGACUUGGCAAGCAAACAACAGAGCCAUCACUAGUAUGCAUUCUAAACUGUCUUGUGCCAAAAUGUGUUUUCUAGAUUCAAAUUUGGGAAUAGUUUUUCAGUCCAACUCCUAGUGGACACAAGUUUCACUUUGUAUCUUUAUUUUUUAAACAGGCCAUUAAAUCUGUUGUUUGUUUGUUGCUGAACUUGAACCAGAAUAUGUGAUUUUUGAAGAACAAAUUGCAAAGUUCAGGCAUCCAGAGUUUCUGGAAAUAAGUCAUUUUAGUAACAUCUUAUACGGGUCUUGUAAUAUCUUAAUAAUGUCCUAGGAAGUUUUCUGGAAAGAACAAUACAAUUUGGUACUAAAUGUAGGUAAACUUGUGACAAUUUUCUGUAAUAGAUAAACACUAAACAACAAUAAACAGAUUUAAACCGGUCCUCUAUACGUAGAAAAAAAUAGGCUUGGUCAGAGUUGAAAAGCAAUUGUUGAUUGCAGAUAUCCAUUUAUACCCAAUUAAAUAUGUAUUUAUUACUGGAAAAAGAAUUCUCGAUAUAUGUUGAAUUGUAUGCUUGCCUGUGAUUAUACAACCACAGGCAAACCCAUAUUUUACAUGUUUUCAUGUUCAGCUGAGCUGUGCUCUGAAUACAUGACAAGGUUAUACCAUAUGUCAUUGAUAAUCAUAUAUACCAAUUGAACACUGUCCAUUUUUAUAUUGUUUAAUGGGUCCAAAUUAAAUUUUUCUUUCUAGGACCCUUACUAGGUAUCUACAGUUCAGUUUCAGUUUGUUUUUUGGCGGUGAUUGGCUAGUUACAUCAUUGCAACGUGACACAGGUGAGGAAAAAAAUGGGACACGGUUCUAUUUUCCACUUGAAAGCAGGAGUUAAUUUCACUUAAAUAUUCUGAAUCAUGAAUUAAGCAACUAUUGUGUGCAUGGUUGAAUUAACUGUGAAAUUAGUCCCGGGGCAAAAAUGAGCUGAUUAGUCCUCAUUAACACCCAUUGCCCUUGACUGAAUAUGCAGUGUGAACCAUGCAGUUUGGUAACUUGAUUAAACACAUUAACAUAAACUGUGUACCAGUGAAGGUGUUAAAUCUAAUGCCACAUUUGCAUUAAUUUGUCAGAAUACUUAGUUUCCCAUGUACGUAGAUUAAGAACUUGUUUCCGCACAUCCAAUCAAAUGGCCUUUAUUUUAAAAUAUAUUUUUAUAAAGGAGUAAUGUCAGUGUCUACACGACACAAGAGCCCCAGACUUUUGAACAACAACCACAUUAGCUUUCCUGUUAAAGUUCCUUCUAAUCUAAUUUACCAACCUGAACACACAUCUUGUUCUGCGAGCCAACUAAAACAUUCACCAGGGGCAAUGCAGUUUGUAGGUAUUUAACCAAUUUACCAAACCAAAGGUAUUGAAAAAAAGUGAUUUGAUAGUAACAAAGUAGCAAUACUUCUAACCAAUGGUCAUUACAUAGUUAUAUAAAUGCUGUCAUGUUAUCAAGUAAUCCUUUGUUUCAGUAUUGAUUAAACUGAGGUUAUCAUUUAAAGAAAAGGUUUUAAAUGCAGAUUUUUACUGGGUAAAAUGCUUGCAGAGCCUGCAGCUUCACCCACUCUGCUCCUCUAUAAGCUAUAUGUGCCUUAACACUGCCGAGCCGCUGGGGUGUCUGAUGACAUGUCGAAUUAACUGAAUAAAGAAUGAUAAAUCCAGUGAUUAACUGUGAGGUGAUUUUAAUAAAUCUUAGGGCAGUCUGAACUGGAAGCAUUUCAAUUAUUCAUCACUACUCCCACUCAGUGAUGGUUAGUGUAGGGUGUAAAAAAAGUAGCACUUUACAGGAUUCAAAUUAAUGACUACUACGUGGUAGAUGCUCAUGUAACAUUUAUUUAAUUUUUCUUUCUUCUCACUCAGUUUGUUAUGACCCUAUUUGGAAUUCAAUGGUAAAAAUUACUAGUAGGGGGAGGGAUGGUUGUAUGAAGUUUACCCCCCACCCCAAUUCAUUUUCAAAUUGCCAAAUAAGAAAGCAAUUUGUAGAAAACAGUUUAAUCAAGAUUGAAAAAAAAAGUGUUUUUUUUGGUUUUGUCUUUUAAAUCAAACCACUUCCACUGUAAGUAAUUAGUAUUUGAAUUUAUCAAGUCACUUGACCGCAAAUCAUUUUUCAUAUACGUUUUGUAUAAUGUACCUUUUUAUUUCCACCUGUAAAAGGUUUGCAGUAAACAGUUAUUGGGCAGAUGGCAAGUCAACUUUUCAAACUUCCUGUUAAAAGAUGAUUUUUGUUCCUUAUUAAGAAGUAAAAAUGAACUGAACACCAAAGCAAUGUGAGAUUUUAGAGUUUGUAUACAUCAAGAGAAAUAUGCAAACUCAUUUAUUAGGAUACUUAAUCAGAAGCAUACAUGUUUUUCUGUUAUGUAAAACCAAGUGCUUUAAAUGUUUAUGGUUGCUUUUAUAAGGUUGUAUCAGGGAAGAAUAUUUUAUCCAAGGUGAUCAUUUCAAUAUUAAAGUGCCUUGACCGCC